GCUUUUUACCAUAUCAGAUGAUGGGAUCAAUCUUAGUUUUUUCUGCCGGCCUAAAGUUCUUCAUCGUUGACUCCAUCUUUAACACUUACCCCAACCUAAGGAAGCGCUACGACACCUUCGCAGUUUUCUGGGAAAGGUUACCCGUCGACUCACAGCUGCAAGAUCACAAAGACGACAAGCGCCACAGCCUGUUUGCUGUAACAAGGGCUCGACUGAGCAGCUUCACCGCUGCUCAUUUCAGAAACGUUGGCAGCCCGUUCCAUUUCCUGAAAAAGAAAAAACCAUUUCAUGAAAUGUUUAACAUCCCAGAGACAGAGCAACCUCUGCCUGAGUUUAAGACCGGCUGGCAUUGCUAUAUGGUGAAUAGAGACAGGAAUAUAACAUCAAAAGAAUUCGGCGGUUAUGGAGUUCUCUAUGUCACAGAGAAUUAUUUGUGUUUUAAGAACUCCAUAACUAAGUUCCACACAGCUGUAAAAUUGAAGGACAUCACAGACUUCAAGAGGUAUAAACUUAUAACAGGACUGCCCGGCUCAGGUAGGGGGAUGUCAAUUGCAACGGCAACCACCAAAAAGCCACUCUUGUUUACUGCAAUGAUACACAGCAAACGGGCGUAUCAAGCCAUCUCCUCCCAGAUGAGAAAGGUGUUUGAACAGGCAGCUCUGCAGUGUGCAAAUAUAGAGUGACUUGCACUCUAGUGCUGCAGCUACUUGG